CACACAUAACACAGAAGCAGAAGCACACGUAAAUUACAUUUUGUUUUAAACAAAUUGAAAUACACAUAAAAGCGCAUAAAACUAUUACGGCAUUUGUCAAUAACAUAUGAUAAUUAGAUUAAACAAACGGUACAAUGUGUUAGCAAUAAAGUGCGUGUGUUUGUGCUAUUUGGCAAGGCUUGGUUUUGGCCUGCCUUUUCGGCCCAAAACAAGUAAUUCGCAAAAACAGUCACAACGAAGCUGCAAUGCGCUGCACUUGAGUGAGUGAGAAGGCAAGAUUGAGGUAUUGUGCAAACACAGUGCUUAUCAUCAGCAAAACUCCCCAACUAAUACUCACCUAUGCCCAGCCAGUCACAUACUUCUCUAACCACAUUCAAUCACCAAACAAACGGCAAAUGCGAUUGCCACUAAAUGUCCAUAAGGCAAUCCAACAUUCAUUGAUACAAAGACCGCGUGUUUUUCGCGUAGCGCCCAGCGACCGCAGCAGCAGCGCAUACCAGGGACAGGCAUGCAAAACAACGCUGUCGACAACUGUCGAUAAUUUAUCGACUGUCUGCGAGUAUCGCGCAAGGACCGCUCGCUGAAAACUUUUGCAAGUGGGUGGAUGCGGUCGUGUGGUUGGUGUGAAAAAAGUGCGUGCGAAAUUUGUUUAUACUCGAAUUAAAUAUCAGCUGCAAUAAUUAGAUAGCUGCCAAUGAUGCUCCGAACAGUGACUUAGUCACAGGCACUAUAAACAAAUGAGCGACAGGACAUAGCACCUUAUGCCGUAUGGCCCUAUAGACAGUGUCAGGUGCUCGUGUUAACAAACCCAAUUAAAUGUGUUUCGUAGCAGUAAUAACAGCCAAAAGUGUUUUUAGUUUUCUUGUGUGUGAGUCCUGUGCAUAGUUAUAACUAUUUCCGUUUACGCCCUGGUCCUCCUGUGUCUGCUUGUCACAUGACGGCCGCCCCGUGAUUGUCGGCAAUCAAUUUCUCUCUUUAGAUGAGUUUUAUGCAUUAGCUAUUUAGUUAGGUAUAUAUAUACAUAUGUUUUUGACUAGCUAAUCAUGUCCAACAACAAUCACCCGCACGGGCAUUUGAGUCAAGCGGCACAGAAUCCCUCAUGGAAUCCCCUCCAAAUGCAUCCAUCAUCUCUGCAGAUACCUUCGUAUAUACCGCGACAGCCCCAAUUGGCGCACAUGUCCAAUGAAAGAUCGCUGGUUCGCUCACCAUUGGCCUGGCAUGCGUCGUCCGCCCAGCCGCCGCCGCCACCGCCCGAUGCCAUUUACAAUUUUAUGUCGGCCAAUCAUAAAAACCUGAAUCACCAUCAUCAAAUGAAUCCGUUGCUGGCACCGCCUUAUACUGGAACAUUGCCCUUUGACUCCAUGGAUUUAUCGCUGCAAUCAAGUCGCAGCGCUGCGCCUACGCUGAACAAAACUGGCCAACAGCAGCAGCAGCAACAGCAGCAGCAGCAGCAGCAGCAGCAGCAGCAGCAGCAACAGCAACAGCAGCAAUCACAGCAGCAGCAACAGCAAUCGCAUUUACAUGCUCCGCCUAAUUAUCCAACGAUUCACAAUUUGACCACAAGUACGCCCGCAGGUCAUCUGCCGGGCAUGCCAGCAUCGGCAUCGCCUGCGAGCUCAGCCAGCAAAUAUCUCAAUGCGAAUGGUUCGGGGCCAGGCGAUUGCGAGUCGUUGUUGCCGCCACCGCCCAGUACCCCGCCUAACAAUAACAAUCACAGCAGCAGCAGCGGCAAUGGCAGCAAUUCGAAUAGCAACAACACCGGUAGCAGCAGCAGCAGCAAUAAUAACAACAACAACAACAAUGUGCCGCCGCCCCAUUACAUGCAAAAUCGUGAUGAGAACUUUAAACUGACGCAGUUAAAGAACAUGCAAAAGGGCAGCGAGCUAAGCAGCAAAGAUUGCAGCUAUACAGGCAAACUGGCUACGCACAAUAUGCAACAGCAGCAGCAACAGCAGCAUGCCAAAAAGCCCUCGCCACUGCGCAACUAUCAUCAGCAACAGCAGCAGCAUCAGCAGCAGUCGCCAUAUAGCAUGACGCCGCCGAAGUAUAAUGGACCGCAAUCGCCGCCAACACCGCAGUCACCGCUGGACUAUAAUCAGUUGCAUUUGCAUCAUCAGCUGCACGCAGGCAUUGGCAGCUAUGCGUCACAACAACAGCAGCACCAACAACAACAACAACAUAUGCCACAGGAGCAGCAGCAACAUUUACAUUAUGCGCCACCACCAACGCAUCAUAACCAUCUAGCACCGCCACCACCACCGCCGCUAUCCCAUAUGUCCAAUGCACAAUUUCAGCAGCGACAGCAACCUCCGUUGCAGCAGCAACAGCAGCCACCGACGUCGCAGCAAACGUCACAAAUGCAUUCCCGCAAUACGCAAUUAACGAAUCUCGAUAUGCUGUCCAAGCAAAAGCCAGAGGAUCAACAACAACAGCACCCGGAGGACUCACAACCGAUCAUUACGGAUCUCUCCACAACGGCCUCGUAUCGAUGCAAUAGUCAACCAAUUGCCGAGGAUAAACAGCUGGUAGAAGCGCCUGAAUCACCCUAUAUGACCACAUCCAAUGAGGAGUCGCUGGAGUCUAAUAGCAACAGCAGCAAUGGUCGCAAGCGGCGCAAACGUAAGGCGAGCCAGGUAAUGCGCCUGACGCCCAGUGAAAAUGUGAAAAGGCAGCGUACACCGAGCCCGCAUAGCAACAGUUGCAGUCCAAAGCACUCACCCAAGAAUGGAGCUGCAGUGCACGAGUUUCAGCCGUUCGGCCUUAAGGAUAAACAGCAGCAGCACGAACUGCCGCAGGAAAAUGGACGUGCCUCAUCGCCACCAACUGCUGCUGCAGCUGACAAUAGCAGCAAUAGCUCCACGAUCUACAACGAUACGGAUAAUCCCAAGACUAAGAAGCAGCGACAAGCGCUGCUCCAACGCAAUCUCACAGAGCAACAACAGCAGCAUCGUCGCCAGGUUGAGGAUGAGGAGCAGCAGGAGCAGCAGGAACAGCAGCAGCACCAGUCUACCGCCACAAAAGCUUCCAAUGAAUCGCAAAUGCCGCCGCCCAGUCCGCAGAGCAAUAGCAGCAGCAGCAGCUCGAGCAGCUCCAGCGCCGGCACGCAUAGCAGCCACAGCAGUCGAGCCAGCGAGGCGGUAACUGGCAAAGAGCAACAGGAGCAACAGCUGGACAACAACAAAGCUAUCAUCACAGAUACGCCUGCAUCGCCAGCUCUAGUGGAGCAAGGCGACAUUGAUGCCAAGCCCGCGGUGAGCGUGCACGAUGAUGAGGAGGAAGUAGAAUCGCCAGCUGGAAAACAAUCGCCCGCAGUCGCAGCCUCAGCUACAGCAGCACCAACAAAUGUCACAGCAACUGCAGCAACAGAGCCGUGCCAUUUCAACGAGGUGGAGGAUAAGCUGGAGAAAAUGUUUGCAGGCAUUGAGGAUGAGCCUGCCGAACAGCCAGCCGACGAGUCGGCCAGACCACAAAGAGCAGACCUAACUGCACAAUUAGCUUUAGACAAGGUAGUUGGACAGGAUAAGCCAUCAGCCAGCAGUCCACCAGCUGCCAGCACACCAACCCCAGCACCCACACCUGCACCCACGCCCGAACUACGGCCCAUGGCGACAAAGGCGGCCAUGAAGUCAACAAUGCCCAGCCCUGUACACAGUCCCACGCCGAUAGCGGAGCCGCCAGCCAAGGAGCACACAGCACAGUCGCCAGCGCCAGCAGCAGCUGCAACGCCACCAAUCGCCAAAAUGCCGCCACAGACGCCACCAACACGUUACUUGCCACCUCGUCGACUCUCAAUGGGCAUGGAUCCGUCGCUGUUGCGCGUUACCAUUGAGGAGCCGAAGAAACCGCCAGCGCGAAAGAAGGCGGCGCAGCCUCCACCUGAAACGGAAAUUGUGCAGCUGGAAAGUGAUGAUGAUAAGCCCAGCACCUCGGCAGCGGCAGCAGCUGCUUUAGCAGCACGUAAGCUUAGUGAAGUAGCUGCAGCCAAAGCCCUGGCUCCCAAGGCAAGCAAUGGCAAUGCCAACAAUAAAAAGAAGAAAAAGAAUGCGCCCAAAGGUAAAAAGCCAACGGCAAAGAAUGGUGCCAAGGCGAAUGUUGGCAAAAAGGGAAUCGUACGUAAAAAUUUUAGCACCGACGAAGACAGUACUCCGGCGCCUAAUCGUGAGAGCAACAGCAAUGGUGCAGCUCCAGAUCUCAGGUUUAAAUCCCCAUUCAUACUGAUCAAGCCCGAUGGCAGCAUUAGCAUUAAGAAUACGCACAGUGCCGAGGAUGUUAACGAGAAGCAGACGAAGAAGAAGCAUACAAAGGCGCCGCACGAACGCAAAAACCUGCGUGGCAUGCACAGCUCUACGUUGAGCAAUCGCUAUGAUGCCGACACCACAGAUUCCAGUUGGAUUUGUGUAUUCUGCAAGUGUGGACCACACAAACUGGGGCUGGGCGAUCUCUUCGGCCCCUAUCUGGUUUCCAUAGACUGUGAGGAGUAUCGUACGGCGGCGCAGGUGCCACCAGGUGUGCAUGAUAUCGAUGGCUUGUUCGUGAGCAAACGCAAGCGCGCGGACAUGGUCAAGCUGCAGGAGCGCAAUCUGCCCGUGGUGCCAGCAACGCUAGCGAACAUUAUGCAGGCCCCCAAGAUAACGAUGCACAAACGCAAGCGUAAGCAAACCCACGACAGCGUCUACUCCUGCAGCGAUGCUGACCCAAAUGAAUCGCAGUGCUCCUCGCAGGAUCCCCUUGACUGCAACCUCGAGGCCAAGUUCGUUGAAACGUUUCGCGGCAUGUCGAAAACCUCGGAACAUGGCUACGAGAUUUGGCUGCACGAGGACUGCGCCAUCUGGGCCAAUGAUAUACAACUGAUUGGCGCCCAUGUCAACGGUCUCGAUGCAGCCGUCUGGGAUAGUACGCGAUAUCAGUGCGUGCACUGUGCGCAGCCCGGUGCCAAUGUUUGUUGCUUCGAACGCACCUGCAAGGCAGCGGCGCAUGUGCCCUGCGCCCGUGUCGCCAGCUGGAAUCUAUGCGAGGAGGAACGCAAAGUCUAUUGCCAGCUGCAUGUGCCAGCGGGAGCAGCGAGAGAGAAAGUAUCAACGACAUUUCUUACACCCAAUGUGAACAUGUCGGCUAGCAUGGGGGAGCAAACGGCGGCGCCACCGCCCACACUAAAUAUCAAUUCGCUUCCCUGAGUACGCGUGCGUGUGCAGAAAUGUCGUCUGGACGUCAAGCAUUGAGCGCACGUUAAUAGCUCGGAUACAGGACCUCCUCGACCUUGCGGACAGCUGCCUGUUUUGUAUAUAAUCAAUGGCUUAAAACGCGAGACUGGAUUCAGGUAGCAACAGCUGCUGUUGUUGCUGCUACCCAUGACACUGUUGAUCUUUACUGUUUCGGGAAUCAAGCAAUCGUUGCUGUUACUCCUUUUUGCUGUUUUUAUGUGUUCGAUAAUCCUUUUGAAACUUAACACUUGUGUAAAAAGAUUGCUGUACAUUUUAUGUAGACGCUGUGGGCGACAGUUUUUAAUGCUAGUUUAUA